AGUUGCUUCUCUAAGUUGCAAUUCCACACUCAUCUUAACAAUAUCACUAAAACCAUGGGUUUCCGCUUGCCACGAAUUGUUAAUGCUAAGCCGAGUCUGAAACGGACUCUUUCAUCUUCAGAGACGACAGUGGUGCCCAAAGGCCACUUUGCUGUUUAUGUUGGAGAAGCUGAAAAGAAGCGAUUUGUUGUCCCAAUAUCAUUACUGAAUAAUCCUUCAUUCCAGAAUUUGUUUAGUCAAGCCGAAGAAGAGUUUGAGUUUGGUUUCAAUCACCCUAUGGGUGCUUUGGCAAUCCCUUGUAGGGAAGAAACUUUCGUUCAUCUCACUUGUUGUCUGCAAAACUCAUGAGAAGAAAUGACAUGAAAAUUGGCUAACAAAGCAGAGAUGGAUUGAUCUUUAGCUCAACUGACACCUCCCGAAUUUUAUUG